AUGAUAAUAGAAAGUAAUAAAAGUGUAGAGCGUAACUAUUCCGAAGAUUAUAAUGUUCUUCUUCUUGGUCUAGAUCACUACUACCAUGAUGAGGUGACAAUAAGCCUUAAGGGGGUUGAGCAUAAGAUUGUUAAGAUUUGGCCUGAGUUCACAUGCAUUGAUUUCUCUUCCAACAUCUUCAACGGAGACAUACCAGAUGCAAUCGGUGAUCUACGCACACUCUAUCUUCUCAACUUAUCCCACAAUGCUCUCACUGGCGCAAUCCCAAGGUCCCUAGGUGCCCUGCCGGAUCUUGGAGCGCUCGACCUCUCUGUUAACCGGAUCGGAGGAAGAAUACCCGAGGAGCUCGCACGCCUCACAUUCCUUUCAUUCUUGAAUGUGUCUAACAAUGCUCUGGUUGGAGGUAUUCCAAAUGGCCGUCAAUUCCAAACAUUUUCUUUGAAUUCUUUUAAAGGGAAUAAAGGGUUAUGCGGCUUCCCGCUCGACAGAAACUGCAGCAGUGCGCCGCCUCCUCCUAGCACAGGAAAGGGUAUCGCGCCAUCAAAAUCGAAAGACAAGGAGAUAAAAUGGGAAUAUGUGUUUGCUGCGCUUGGUUAUGCCGUGGGAUCAGGAAGCAUUUUCUGGACACUUUUAUGUUGCAGAAGGGUUAGAGAGCCAUACUUUGAGAAGAUAGAAGAGGUUGUUCAAGAUAUAUUCGAUCGAAGAGCCAGGAGAAGAAGAGAAGCAAAUAGAAGAAGAAGAUUACAGAUGAGGAAUGAAUUUAGGAGACAACAAAGAAGUUGGUGA